CAAAGGUAAUGAAUGUACUGUGAGGACCAGUGACAGUUUCAGUAUUAAAUGUAAACCAUCCUCAAUACCUUGGAUAUUCAGGCAGGAUUCAUUGCAUAUUCAAUCAGGCUGUUAAACAAAAAGGUAAAAGAAAAAAGGACAAGGUGGAAUGUUUAGACUUUCACCUUUAAACUCACUUUGAUUGGAUGGAAACAUUUUUUGGCAGCCUUCUAUGCUUCAGGAGGAAGAAGUCCAUGUGUGGGCAUAACUGAUUGGGUCUUCUCAUAUAAAGGGAAGGAAACUUCUACACGGAGUGAGACAGCAGUCGCAUGUCUGAGGGGCAGAAGAUCAGUGCAUUAUUCUACGCUGAACUGAAAAAGGAAGGAGGCCCAGAUAUCGAAGAUACCAAACAACACUUUGGACACUGGUUUCUGGACUAAUCAUGGAACCUGAUUACCGAUACCCACAAGUUUACACUGUGGGUUGUAAUCCAAACCUUACUUGUUACCCAGCAGCUGCGAACCCAGUACUGGUGCCAACGCUGAUGAAAAAAAGGAAGAACUGGCAGAAAACAUGCACUGUUAUGAUUCUGAUCCUGACAUUCAUAAUACUGGCAAGCCUGGCGUUGGGCGCAUUCUACUUAUUCCAACUCCACAAGAAAAUCGACAAACUAAAACAGGUUCAGGAUGAUGAUGGUCAACAAGCAAAGAUUGUUGGAUCUUCAGAGAUCAAAAAAGCACCCGAGAUUGUUGCACACCUCACAGGAAUGAACGUCAUUAAGAAUUCCAUGACACUCGUGUGGGACGCUAUGAAGGACCUUGCCUUCACCCAAGGAGUAAGUUACAAUGAUGGAGCAUUAAUCAUUAAAGAAUCUGGAUUUUACCUUAUUUACUCCAAAGUCUACUUCCGAGGACAGGAGUGCCAAUCAGAAAUGUUGCCGGAACAAACUGUGUUCAAACGGACUGAACGUUAUCCUAAACCUAUUGAACUGAUGAAAACCAGGAGCAGCAUUAAUUGUCUUGGGAAUAGUGGAGAGUGGUCGAAAGAUAGCUUUCAAUCAGGAAUAUUUCAUUUAUUGAAAAAUGAACGCAUAUAUGUUAAUGUGUCAAAUCCAUCCUUAGUUAACUUUAAUCAGUUUAACACAUUUUUUGGAUUACAUAAGCUUUAAUUUACAUUUUUAAUGCAUGUUUUCACUUACUGUGGGUCAAUGACCAAUGGACCUAAGUAAGCUUGUAAGUUAUUUUCUACAUUAGAGAAGCACUCGGGAAAGAAUAAUUAAAUAAUGUGUCUUAGUUAGUCAAGCCUGCAUUAGAAUCGAUAGAAUAUAUGUUGAAAAGUGUGGGAGAGAGGGCGAGAUCAAUUCAUGCAAAGAAGGUUUACAGUUUUACAACAGUAAUGCUGUGUAAUAAACUAAUUCGAACUUGAUAAUGAUAUAAUCAUA